AAUCAAUGGAUAAUAGAAACACAUUAUUUUUGGACAUCACCUUAUUCAUAUUGGCAUAUGUCAGAAAAAGCACCAGAUUUAUAUUUAAAUUUAUCCAAAUCAUCAUUAAUUAUUUAUAAAGGAGAUCUUAAUUAUCGUAAAUUGGUUUAUGAUUGUAAAUGGUCAAUCACUAAUACUUCAUUUAAAGAAGCCAUUGGUCCAUUAGCAAGCAAAAAAGAUUCAUCACCACCUUUAUUAGCACUUAGAACUUGUAAAGCAGAAGUUUUGGUAGGAAUUGAGGAAUCGAGAAUUCCUCCUUUUGAUGAUGAAAAAGAUUGGAUUUUGGUUGAUAGUGUUGAUCCAAACCUAGUGUUACAAGAUACAAUAGAACGAAUUUAUGUGGGAGAUGCUUAUGGAGAUAUUCCUCGAGGAAUUUUUAUUAUUAGAGGUGAAAAUGUAGUUUUAUUAGGAGAAAUUGAUCUUGAUAAAGAAGAUGAAGUACCUUUAAGACAAGUGCCGGUAGAAGAAAUUUUAAUAGCACAACGAGAAGAAAUGGAAGCGAGACAAAGGCGUGAAAAACUUAAGAAUAAAUUAUUACACGAUCAAGGAUUUAGU